AUUGUUGUUUGCUUUUAAGCGUUUUGUUUCAAAAUGGCGAAAGGCGACCCCAAGAAGCCGAAGGGAAAGAUGUCUGCUUACGCGUUUUUUGUGCAGACCUGCCGCGAAGAGCAUAAGAAGAAAAAUCCGGAGGUUCCCGUGAAUUUCGCCGAGUUUUCCAAGAAAUGUUCAGAGAGGUGGAAGACCAUGUCAACCAAAGAGAAAGGAAAGUUUGAUGAGAUGGCAAAAGCCGACAAAGUACGGUAUGAUAGAGAAAUGAAGGAUUACGGUCCAGCGAAGGGCGGGAAGAAGAAGAAGGACCCAAAUGCGCCCAAGAGGCCGCCGUCUGGGUUUUUCCUCUUCUGCUCGGAGUUCCGUCCCAAAAUCAAGUCCACCAACCCCGGCAUUUCCAUCGGGGACGUAGCCAAGAAGCUGGGCGAAAUGUGGAACAAUCUCAGCGACAGCGAGAAACAGCCCUACAACAACAAAGCCGCCAAGCUGAAGGAGAAGUAUGAGAAGGAUGUUGCAGAUUACAAGUCUAAAGGCAAAUUCGAUGGCGCGAAAAGCGCAGCGGCCAAAACCGCAGCAGCAGCCCGGAAAAAAGUAGAGGAGGAGGAAGACGAAGAGGAUGAGGAAGAUGAAGAGGAGGAGGAGGAGGAAGACGACGAAUGAGAAACUGUGUAUAAUCCUUGUUUCCAUGUGAAUACCAUAGAGUAGGGGAAACACCAUUAGGAAAAGAGAGAAAAAAAUCCAGCGCCUCUCGCUUGAGACGGUGCCUUAUUUGUCCUUUAUUAAGAUUUACGCCCCCAGCCCAAAUUUGGUUCUUUUGGAUCACAAUAUACUGUAGCCUUUUUGGAAGUCCAUAAAUAAAAGCGCUCUAGGGAAAAAUGCAGAAACACAACUGAAACCACAACAGCAACCAUUCUUUAACCUGGUUUACAUUCAGUAGUUAGGAACCCUCCUCCAUGGGGGGGCUCCCCGCCUGUGUAACAAAGAUGUACAUAUUUCCAAACAUUUUUAAAAACAAAAAGGAAGAGAAAAACAAAAUGGAAACAAAAGCGGAAACUCUCGUGUUCUCCUAACUCUGUGCACUUUUUUCCUGUCGGUGUAACAAAAGCAUUUAAAAAUGUUUCAAGCAUCUUAUUUUUUAAUUUGUAAGGUGGUGUUUAACUAUAUGGUUAUUGGCUAGAAAAAUCCUGGGUUAUAAACUGUAUAUAUCUAUAGUUUGUAAAAACUAGACAAAUUCUUGUAGUCCAUGCUUUGAUGACCCCUGAGAAAAAAGGGGAGGGGGGGAGAGAAAGGCUUUUAAUGGGGUGUGAUGGGGGGGGGAAGCCUCUUGUGUGCGUUUUUCCCCCUCCCCUCCGCAGAGGCCGUGUCUCAAAGCGUGCACCACGAAAGUAGAUCUAAUUUACACUACAGUGAGCGUACAUUUAGCUUAAAAGUUGUCUUUCUGUAUAUAGUGAAAUAGCAUUUCUGCGGCCAUUCUUAGUUGUGAAGGGAGGGGAGGGGGAAUUCAGCUGGCAUGAGAUAAAAAACAAAUUGUUAUGGAUUCCUUUUUUUUCCCCUUUUUUUUUUUCCUUUUUCGUUUAAAGCGGGGUGGUUUUUUUAAACCAGAGCUGUAAAAAAUCUCCUUCCCGGGUCCGCUUUUAAAAGCGAGGGGGGAAGGCGCAGAAGAGUUCAAAAACGCCUCUGUACUUACAAAAGAAAGAAAGAAAGAGAAACAGGAAAAAGGAGAGAGACAAAUUCGCGACAAACAUUACGUUGGUUUUUUUGUAUGUUUAGAAUGCUGAAAAUGUUUUUGAAGCAAAAAAUAAACAGUAUUACAUUUUUAAAACUUC